AUGGAAUCAUCGUCGUCAUCUCAACAUGCGAGGGGGUCGUUCUCGUCGAGUAAAGGAGACUCGGCAGAUUUUGAACCGGAGCUUACACUCAGUGACAAGCUUAAAGCCUUUAAAUCCUCUCAAUUUGAACCUGAGGCUUAUGUAACCACCAAAUGCGGUGGCAUGAGUGAGAAGGAGAUAAGGCACUUGUGCUGUUACCUUGUAGACUUAAAGAAGGCUUCUGCAGAGGAAAUGCGUAAAAGUGUUUACGCUAAUUAUGCAGCCUUUAUAAGGACAUCUAAGGAGAUUUGUGAUCUUGAGGGGCAGCUCCUUUCCUUGAAAAAUCUCCUAUCUACUCAGGCAGCUCUUGUUCAUGGUUUAGCUGAGGGGGUACAUGUCAAUGCCUUGUCAGCUGGUCCUGAAGGUUCAACAAAAGAUGAUAUUUUUGAUUUUGAGGGCACUGAACCUUCGAAGAUGGAGAAAUGGUUAGCACAUUUUAUAGAGAGACUUGAAGUUUUACUUGCCGAGAGGAGAGUGGAUGAAGCCUUGGCUGCCCUGAAUGAAGGAGAACGUAUAGCUGCUGAAGCUAAUCACCGUCAAGCAUUGAUCCCAUCUGCGUUUGUAUCAUUGCAGGCUACGAUCACAGAACAGAGACAAAAGUUAGCCGAUCAACUUGCAGAGGCUGCUUGCCAGCCUUCUAUCAAUAGUGUCGAGCUUCGUUCGGCUGUACAAGCACUGCAAAAACUUGGUGACGGUCCUCGUGCUCAUACACUGCUGCUUAAAUCUCACCAUCAGAAAUUGGAGUGUAAUAUGCAGGGUCUUCAUCCAUCAGGUAGUUCAUAUGGAGCAGCAUAUACUGCUGCCCUUUCACAGCUUGUCUUUUCAACCAUUGCACAAGCAGCAAGUGAUUCCUUGGCCAUAUUCGAUGACGAGCCUGCCUAUGCAUCUGAGCUUGUAACCUGGGGGGUCAAGCAGACUGAGACUUUCACACUUCUUGUGAAAAGACAUGUUCUUGCCUUACCAGCAGCUGCCGGAGGCCUAAGAGCUGUCGCUGAGUGUGUUCAGAUAUGCUUGGGUCACUGUUCCUUGUUAGAAGCCCGUGGAUUGGCCCUUUCUCCUGUCCUCUUGAAACUCUUCAGGCCUUGUGCUGAACAAGCACUGUGUACCUACUUAAAAAGAAUAGAACAAAGCACUGCUGCACUUGCUGCUGCAGAUGAUUGGUCACUCAUUUAUCCAAUAAUUGGAGUACGCACUUUGAGUACUGCAUCAAUAGGUAGUGUGAUUACAUCCCAGCCGAAGCUUUCUAGCAGUGCUCACCGAUUACACACAAUGGUUCAGGAUAUUUGCGAGGAUGUGGGUCCCCUUGAGAGCUUGCAGUUGGCCAACCAAGCUUUGGAAGGUGUUUUACAAGUGUUUAACUCGUUCAUCAGUAUGCUGAUAAAUGCAUUGCCUGGCUCAAUGGAGACUGAAAACUUGGAAGGGUCAGGGAGUCGAAUUGUUAGGAUGGCAGAGACAGAAGCUCAACAAAUAGCUUUGCUUGCUAAUGCAUUACUAUUAGCAGAUGAACUGCUCCCACGUGCGGCCAUCAAGCUUUCAUCCGUGCAACAUGGUAGUAGAAUUGAUGAGCCCCCUCGAAGACCUUCAGAAAGGCAAAGCCGUCUUCCAGAGCAAAGGGAACUAAAGAGACGGCUUCAACGCUUGGUUGAUCAGUUGCGAGAUAGCUUCUGCCGACAACAUGCCCUUGAUCUCAUCUUUACAGAAGAUGGUGGUGUUCGUUUGAGUGCAGAUAUGUACUUAAGUAUGGAUGGAAAUGCAGAGGAGCUUGAAUGGUUUCCAUCUCCAAUUUAUCAGACGGAAAUGGAAUCAUCGUCGUCAUCUCAACAUGCGAGGGGGUCGUUCUCGUCGAGUAAAGGAGACUCGGCAGAUUUUGAACCGGAGCUUACACUCAGUGACAAGCUUAAAGCCUUUAAAUCCUCUCAAUUUGAACCUGAGGCUUAUGUAACCACCAAAUGCGGUGGCAUGAGUGAGAAGUUGCGAGAUAGCUUCUGCCGACAACAUGCCCUUGAUCUCAUCUUUACAGAAGAUGGUGGUGUUCGUUUGAGUGCAGAUAUGUACUUAAGUAUGGAUGGAAAUGCAGAGGAGCUUGAAUGGUUUCCAUCUCCAAUUUAUCAGGAACUUUUUGCAGAGUUGACUCGAAUUGCAAGCAUAGCAUCAGACAUGUUUGUGGGGCGGGAAAGGUUUGCAACUAUUCUUUUAAUGAGACUCACAGAGACUGUCAUCCUGUGGCUUUCUGAGGAUCAAAGCUUCUGGGAAGAGAUAGAAGAAGGACCGAGGCCUUUGGGUCCCCUUGGGCUUCAGCAGUUUUAUCUGGAUAUGGAGUUUGUGAUACUCUUUUCAUCACAAGGUCGAUACCUAUCACGAAAUCUGCAUCAAGUUAUCAAAAACAUCAUAGGUAGAGCCAUUGAAGCAGUUGCAGCAAAUAGAAUAGAUCCUUACAGCGUGUUGCCAGAGGAAGAGUGGUUCGCUGAUGUUGCUCAAAUAGCAAUAAAGAUACUGACUGAAAAAGCCAAUUUUGGAAAUGUGGAUCGAGAUGUUAAUAGCCCCACUGCAUCCAUAUCAGCAUCAUCAGCCUAUUCUCAUGGAAGCAACUAAUGUUUGGUUCAUUAGCAAUAUUCACAGCAGAUAUAUUAGAUGAAACAGCCCCAAAUUGUUGGGACGAGAUUUGUUGACAUAAGCAUUCUAAAUGAAACAGACGCUCACCAAACAUUUGAUUAAU